GGUUUGCACCUGAGCAGUAGUAAGGAAAAUUCACAAGGACAAGCAUCAGGCUGGAGCCUUAAUCGGGGUACCUCAAUUAUACCCCCUGCUUCAGCCCAACUAACAUUAACACCAGCUAAAGAAAAAGAAGAUAAUAAAAGCCAUGAACAAGCAGCGAAAGCCGAAAGAUUUUUAUUUGAGAGCACAGGUAAAAAGAUUUAUUAAAAACUGUUGACUCGCUAAGCCUAUAUUAACUUUAUUUGUUUGUUUUAAGGGAAGUAUUCUUUGUUUGUUUGUUUGUUUGUAUUUUAUCCAUAUUACGGUUUGGCUUUGGUGGGUGCAUUCAGCUGAACUUUCAGGGCGUUCCUUCUUGUGGAUGCAAGAUCCUACAAAUUGCCAUUAACAUUAGGAGUGAAGUGUCCUGUUAAGAGGUUUCCAGUGUGAGGUUAAUAAUCGAUCAAAUACGAGACAAUUAAGCCCAAGCCUUCUUACGUUUUUCACGCUGGUUCAAAGACCAGAACCUGACCCAGGAUUCAGUGAUACAUUAUUUGCCAGAAGUCAAGUGCAAGUACUUGAACCGGGGCACCUGGAAGUAGAUUAUGCAAUGACAACGUUUUCUAAAAACAAAAGAUUCUCAAGGUUUUUUGCAAACGGAACAAUAACUUUUAAAAUUUGGGGCCUGCUUCCUCAGAGGCGGGGUAAGUUAAAACGGUUAAAUAUCAAUUAACGGUCCUAUGGCUGAACCUUGAAUUUUCGCGGUCCUUUCCAAACAAAAUUGAGAAUCUUCUGUUUUCAAAAAAACGUGGGGAUUAGAUAAUCUUUUCCAAGUGACCCGGUUCAAGUAGUCGCACUGUAAAUUUGCGGCUUGGGUGCUAGCUUGCAACUCGCCUUAGUUGAUGAACCUAACUUUCACUUAAUGAGUUGCGCGGCUUUUACCAGCCUCCAAAGACUGAAAGCUAACCUGUUUAACCUACGCUCGCCACUUGACAAAUAUCUAGCACCAAGAGAGGAUAAAGGGGACAGAGAAGGCAUCCCCCAUACACACCCUAUUCUAUAGGUAAUUUGUCUCGAGUUAUUUUUAGAAUCGGGAUAAAGUUACCUUGCGCUGCGCGGAUGUUUCGUGGAGGUUUCGCAUGACUAAACGCCGUGCAAAACAUGUCGGGCGAAAGGCAAUAAAAGCGUAAAGAGAUCGAGAACAUUUCUGAAUAUUGAAGCGAAAUGAGUCGGCGCUCACCUGGGAAAAGGGAAUCGCUGGACUCUUUCACAACCCGUGAAAUCAAUUUAACUCGAAGUUGUCGUAACCUCAGUGCUUUAAUGAAAUGUGAAAUUUCGUCGGUCUAUUGAAACCGGUCGUUUGUACAAUGAAGUAAGUAGGACGCCAAGUGUUAUUUUUGUUGAAUAAUAAAAGACUAAUAAAAGAAUAAAUAUCAAACCAGAAAUUGCUCUCUUCAAACUGUAAAUUAUAAAUGAUCCUGAGAGAAUAUUCAGUGUGUUGAGGAUUUCCCUGCUGUACUGUUAACUCUAUACAAGAGAGGAAGAGCGAUUCUUUUUUAAUUUCCGUUUCGCUGACACAGCUUUCGCAGAAAUCUAUCUUUAGUUGUUUUCGUCGAGAAAACGAAUAGCAGUAUCACUCUCCGCGUCUUCCACCAUUUUUUUCAGCGUCAAUUCGUGAAGGACGCGUGGCUCUGAGCGUGGGUCAUCCACGCGGAACACAUUCGCGCUAUGUGAUUGGCUGUUGUCUAAUCCCCCUUGGGAUCUGUGGUCUUAAAAAUAACUCGAGACGAAUUACCUUUGGAAUAGGGUGUGUAUGGGGGAUGCCUUCUCUGUCCCCUUUAUCCUCUCUUGCUAGGACUGAAUCAGAAUCAAAAUUAGCUUUAUAGCUCUGUUUGGACCUGCCUCGACUCUUCUUCGCAUAGAACGAAUAACAACUGCCAGGCGAUUUGGUAGCAAAGUCAUGAGGCGACCUUACAGCUGUUAAAAGACCUCACGGGAUUGGCUGGGAAAACAAUGACAACAAACUUUAAAAUAGAACCUAGCCCGAAAACAAAAGGGCUGGGACCAUAAAGGUUCUAUUAAAUCAGAGGUUAUGAAGUCCUGCGAGGCUACUGAAUUUAGAACGUUGUUUUGGACUGAAAGGCUCUUUUACACCGGGCAGUGUUGUUAUAUAUAUAAAGUAUAAAGUCAGGUUUUUGUCCUUUACAGAGUAACGUCUUACAGUUGUACUGUCGCAAUUUGGAAUAAUCAUCGCACUUUGUUAAACCCGUAGCAAUUUGUAAUAAAUCCAUCGUACUUUGUAAUGCCUGUUGCAAUUUGUAAUAAACCAUGUCGCACUUUGUAAUAAAAAAAGCUGUCCCAAUUUUUGAUAACUGUCCAUGAUAUUUUGUAAUAAACUAAGCUGUCCCAAUUUUGUAAUAAUUCCAUCGCACUUUGUUAUAGACCGAAAUUUUUUUCUUUGGUCAAACAUGCAUGUCUUCCGUUAUAAAUUUUUCUGCCUUGAUCAAUCGCGUGACCAACGAGAAUCGCUUUUAUGAAAGACAUGAAACUUUAACUUGUUGGCUUUGUGUCUUUGGUUUGAUCCUUAGAUAGGGUAACUCAAGUAGUAAUGGAUGGUUUAUUAUCCUUUCGAUUUUAUGGAAAAAAGUAAUCCUGAACACACUCGGAAGAAUUGCAAGGUCUUACGAGUUGUACGCACACGGUAUUUGCUUUAUUAGAGGGCCCCAUAGAAAAAAAUUGUUUUAAGAUAGAAUGAGGACUUCCUUUGUUCAAAUCAAGAGAGAAUAAUGGACCAAAUGGCCAGCCGGCUCAGUAUGACCCCAAAAGUGUUAAAUAUGGAAACAACUAUAAUUACUUCUUUUAAGAUUGCGCGUUCAAGGACGGUGUGGUGUCGACCUGCUAUAAGAUCUAAAAAGAAAAGCUUGAACUUUCCUGGUGCCCUUAUUCAAUACAAUACAAUACAAUAACUUUUAUUUAAAGAGGGAAGCGCAAUAACCUAUUACAGUUUUCUAACCUACGGCCCUAUUAUUCCAAUGAUGUAAGGGUGGAUGUUACGAUUUGUGCAAAUUAAAUGCAUUUUAAUAAUGGCCAGUUUGUGUCUAGUGUGUCUAGAUUCUGUUUUCUAACAGUGCUCUGUCCAGUGGCACAUCUCCAUAUUGGCUAUCUAAGGGAGUAUGCCCUCGUCCGGGUAACCAUUGCACGCAAACCACUUAGUACAAUAGUAAGGUUCAAGAACACAGAAGUUUGUAAGUCAGAUAGCUAAUCAACAUUGAUUUAAAAAAAUGUUUAGAACUAUGAAUAAAGUUAAAUGGCUUGAAUGAACGGAGAUAUUUUGUAAAUUAUAUAUUUAAGUAAUUUUGUAAGUUACGUGCUUGCAGACGUCAUCAUCUUUGUUAAGUUUAUGAGGUACCGUUCAUAUUCUGGCAUCACAUUAAUGUUGACGAAGUACUAGUUGAAUCACUCUCAAAAAAUUAUUACAAAGUGCGAUGGAAUUGUUACAAAUUGCGACAGCUUAGUUUAUAACAAAGUGCGUUGGGCAGUUAUUACAAGUUGCGACAGCUUUUUGAUUACAAAGUGCGACACGAUUUUUUACAAAUUGCGGCAGGUAUUACAAAUUGCGACAGAACGUCCCUCGCAGCAUAUAAAUCACGUACGUUUCUUGACAGCUGAGAGUACAGUAAACGUAAAAUGGCGAAGACUAGCUUUCGAAAACAAGGCGCAGGACACUGAUACAAGUCGGGAACAUGCACAAAACCGAAGACCUGCUCCAUACAACCGGACAGGUAAUGGGACUACACCUAUAUUAGCGACUUGAAUUUCGGUUAAUGUAUUCAGCAUAUUUAGAAUUAAAUUUCUUACAAGUGACGAAGGAAUACACUCAUGCCACAAUCAAUUAUAUAGAACGUCUAGUAAGAUAGGCACCAUUAUAGUCGUUUAAGUUUAAGUAUCGUUAGUUGGAAAAACAAAAGGAAAAGAAUCCGUAUGACUUGGCUUUAUUGACCACAAUGCAUUACAGUCUAUAAAAAUUUACUUUAAAUGAAUGAGAUAUUCAUAUUUUUAAUCUUAUCAAUUUUUAAUUUGAUCCCUCUUUAUAAACUAUAUGUUGCACUUGACGCUCAACUUCGCGCUUGCCCUUGCUAGCUUAAAAAAAAAAGCAAAAAAUUUUAAAAAGUGUUUAUUAAAAGUGAUUUAAUUUCUUCGAGGUAUGUGUAUUCACGAUUCACAAUCGAGGAUUGUAGCAGUUCGCGUUUCAGGGAGUCUACUUCAAUCACAAUACACAACGGUUUUUCAGCACAUCACGAUUCAUAGACAACAAAAAUGUUGGAUCACGGGGUCCCAAAAAUAUUUUCCCCCCACUCCCUGUUCAAAUACAGCGUAUGGGCAAACAUAUUUAAACAUUUUUCUUGCAUUUAUAUGUUCGUGUAUCUACCCAGGUUUGCACCUGAGCAGUAGUAAGGAAAAUUCACAAGGACAAGCAUCAGGCUGGAGCCUUAAUCGGGGUACCUCAAUUAUACCCCCUGCUUCAGCCCAACUAACAUUAACACCAGCUAAAGAAAAAGAAGGUAAUAAAAGCCAUGGACAAGCAGCGAAAGCCGAAAGAUUUUUAUUUGAGAGCACAGGUAAAAAGAUUUAUUAA